AUGGCAGUGAUAUUUAUGUUUGAGCUGAUAGUGCUAGUGCAGGGAAAAGAAGACUACGUGGCGACCUUCAAGGGAUCUGAGUUCUUCUGCUACGACUUGUCCUUGAACCCGAUCCAGAGCAGCAGCGACGAGAUCACCCUGUCCUUCAAGACGUUACAGAGGAACGGUCUGAUGCUUCACACGGGGAAGUCUGCAGACUACGUCAACCUGGCCCUGAAAAACGGAGCUGUAUCGCUGGUUAUUAAUUUGGGAUCUGGAGCCUUUGAAGCUCUGGUGGAACCGGUCAAUGGGAAAUUCAAUGACAAUGAUUGGCAUGAUGUCAAAGUUACAAGGAAUCUACGUCAGGUAACUAUAUCCGUGGAUGGGAUACUGACCACCACAGGGUAUACUCAAGAAGACUACACCAUGCUAGGCUCCGAUGACUUUUUCUAUGUUGGCGGGAGUCCUAGCACGGCUGACCUGCCUGGAUCACCUGUUAGCAACAACUUUAUGGGUUGUCUGAAAGAGGUCGUGUACAAAAACAACGACGUGCGACUCGAGCUGUCCAGGAUGGCCAAACUGGGUGAUGCCAAGAUGAAGGUUCAUGGCAUCGUUGCUUUCAAAUGUGAGAACGUGGCAACCCUUGACCCCAUCACCUUCGAGACCCCCGAGUCCUACAUAACUCUCAACAAAUGGAACGCCAAGAAGACAGGCUCCAUCUCCUUUGACUUCCGUACCACAGAGCCCAGCGGGCUUCUCCUCUUCAGCCACGGCAAGCCCAAACAGGCCCCCAAGGAUUCCAAGAGCCCCCUGACAUUGAAGGUGGACUUCUUUGCCAUCGAGAUGCUGGACGGACACCUGUAUUUACUGCUGGAUAUGGGGUCCGGGACCACCAAGACCAGGGCCGUCAACAAGAAGGUCAACGAUGGGGAGUGGUACCACGUAGACUUCCAACGGGACGGACGAUCAGGUACCAUCUCCAUCAACACACAGCGCCAGGCCUACACAGCCCCAGGAGAGAGUGAGAUCCUUGAUCUGGAUGAUAACCUGUACCUUGGAGGACUACCAGAGAAUAAACUAGGCAUGGUCUUCCCUACAGAGGUCUGGACAGCUCUCCUAAACUAUGGCUACGUGGGCUGCAUCCGGGACCUGUUCAUCGAUGGCCAGAGUAAAGAUGUCCGCCGCAUGGCCGAGGUUCAGAAGGCUGCAGGGGUCAAACCAUCCUGUUCUAAAGAACCGCCCAAGCAGUGCCUGUCAAAUCCCUGCCAGAAUAACGGGGUCUGUCGGGAGGGAUGGAACCGUUACGUCUGUGACUGCUCGGGGACGGGAUACCUGGGCCGCUCCUGUGAGAGGGCGUCGGUGGCAGCUCCGGUGCGGGGCGAAGUACCCACUGCGCUCGCAGAUCUGCCAGCAUCGGUGGCGGCUCUGGUGUGGGACGAAGAACCCGCUCAUCCCGCGGAUCCAGCAUCGGUGGCGGCUCUGAGGAAGGCUCCUGCCCUGGAGCUGGAAGCUCUGGACAGUGAACCAUCGCAGGAGGUUCCAGACCGUGGACCGUUGCAGCAGGUUCCGGACCGUGGACCGAGGUUCCCGACUGUGUACCGUCGCAGGAGGUUCCGGACUGUGGACCGUCGCAGGAGGUCCCGGACCGUGGACCGCCGCAGGAGGUCCCGGACCGUGACCGUCGCAGGAGGUCCCGACCGUGGACUGCCGCAGGAGGUCCCGGACCGUGGACCGCCGCAGGAGGUCCCGGACCGUGGACCGUCGCAGGAGGUCCCGGACCGUGUACCGUCGCAGGAGGUCCCGACCGUGGACCGUCGCAGGAGUUGCGGGGAGUUGGCACAGGACGUACAGGGCUGUGGAGGCGUACCGGAGACCUGGUGCAUGGAGCCGGCACAGUUUUACCAGACUGCUAGCACGCUCUUCAGGACGAGUACGGAGAGCUGA